AUGACACAAUUUGGAACAACAGAUUCAGCUAGUCAUCUUAAUCAUAUUCUUCCAAUACCAUAUACUCCAUCGUAUAUCGGUCGUCAUCCAAUUUAUCCAAAAGCAAGUCCAGAUAUAACAACACGAAUAUAUAAUCCAAUAUUUGCAACUCGUUGGCAAAAAUCAUCGGAUAAUUAUGCUGUAAAAAGUCGAGAUUAUCAUUGUGCUACAUAUACAUAUCUUGGACCGGAAUGGUUUAAAGCACCACCUAAACAUUAUGCAACAUAUAAAGAACCUCUUCGUCUGCCAGGCGGAAGUUCAAAUAAUAAUCGACCACAAAGUGUUCCAAAUCAAACUUCACGAUCAAAUGAUAAUUGGUCUCAAUUCCUUAAUGAAUAUCCUGGUCGUUUUAAAAUCGAAUAUGCAUCACCUGAUGAUGUUAAUGAUUUAUGUUUUAAAAAUAAUCAUGUUCAUUAUGAUACGAGUGUUACAAACCGACCAACUCGUUAUGCUUUUCAAACUGAUAAAGAACCGCUUACACUUGCAACAGGAAUACCAAAUCGAAUUGAACCUGUAACAAAUCCAUUUCGACAAUCAGAUGCACAACAUGCUCCAAUGACCACACAUGCAACAUGGUUUCCUUAUGGCAACAUACCAUGUCGAUAUCAAAAUUUUGCUAGCCAAAAUCCACGAUUUUAA